AUGUCGCAGACGAACGAGAAGACCAGGCAAUCGCCUUCUCCCUCAUGCUUCAGUCCUGAUCCUGAGCAUCUCAUCGACCGCCAUUUCGAGAAGCGAGUCCUCCGUAAGAUUGACUGGCGCCUGCUGCCCAUUCUUGGAGCCCUAUAUACUAUUUCUCUUGUCGACCGCAACAACAUCUCCGUGGCGAGGAUUUCAGGACUCGACGAAGAUCUGGGACUGGAUGUUGGAAGCAGGGCGAGCUUGGCAUUGCUGAUCUUCUUCGUUGGCUACAUCUUACUCGAAAUCCCUUCCAACGCUCUCAUCCGCAAAGUAGGGCCGGCGAAAUUGCUGUCGGGUAUCGUAGUAGCAUGGGGACUAAUCAGCCUCGGGGUUGGCUUCGCUCAAACAUGGCAGACAUUGGUGGCGUUACGAGUGAUGCUGGGACUCCUUGAAGCGGGCUUCUACCCAGGCUGCAUCUACCUCAUUUCCUCCUGGUACAAACGCUUCGAACUCCAAAAGCGUCUCUCGGCCUUUUUCAUGACGGCCACGGCGCUUUCUGGAUUCGCCAAUAUCCUAGCCUACGGUCUCACCCAACUGGAGCGAGUAUCGUCCUACUCUGGCUGGAGAUGGAUCUACAUCAUCGAGGGCUCCAUCACCGUCCUAUUUGGCGUACUAGCGUAUUUCAUCAUCGUCGACUUUCCCAAUUCGCCACGGAAUAAAUUCCUCUCCGAGGAUGAGAAGAAGUUCGUCGAAGCAAGGUUGGAACACGAUCGAGGUGCGGACGAUGCGCAAGCGAAAAUGACAUUGCAAGUCGUGCUGAGCACGUGUUGCGACUGGAAAUCCUACUCCUUCAGCAUGAUGUACUUCGCCGGUGCCGCCGCAACUUACGCCUUCUCCCUCUUCCUCCCCAUAAUCCUCCGCAACAGCCUCGGCUUCUCCCAGUCCCUCUCCUUCGUCCUCACAGCUUUCCCACCCGUUUUCUCCAUCCUAACCGUAAUCCCAAUCUCCAUCCUCGCCGACCGGCUCCACACGCGCGGCAUCCCGAACAUCCUGCAAGCCCUACUCGGCAUCCUCGGUCUUUGCAUGACGGGUUUCCUUAGCAAUCCCUGGGCUCGAUACGCGGGGACUUUUCUCGGGUACGCGGGCGGAACAGGAUUGGUGGUCACGAGCAUGGCGUGGAUGACGAAUAAUCUGCGGGGCGAUGGGAAGAGAGCUGUGGCGACGGCGGUGAUGAUCAUGCUCAGCGCUGUUGCGGGGAUCUAUUCGAGUUUGGUGUUUCGACAGCAGGAUGCUCCGGCGUAUGUUCCUGGCCUGGUCGCUUGUAUGGCGGCGAAUGGACUCGCGGUCGGCCUGGCUGCUAUGACGACGGUGGUGUUAAGAUGGCAGAAUCGCCGUGCUGAUAGGGGUGAGGUUAUACUGGCUGGUCUGGAGGGGUUCAGAUAUACCCCAUGA